GUGAAAGUCCAGUUUUCCCCUUAUUGCCAUUUCGCGGCAUCUUGUUUAUCUAUAUCGCCUCUCCUUCUUUAGACUGGAAGGCUGCGGAGCUCUACAAUGGCGUUGUCUAAUCCUUCUUUCUCCACCUUUUGCUCAGCUCAUAGACUCAAUCCCCUUCUCUUCGCUCGCCGCCAUCGCUGCGUCAGGAGUUCUCGCUGCUACUUAAAUCGUCGUCUCCGGCCUAGAUUCUUUGCCGUUGCUGCAUCAGAAAGCGGAGUCUUUACUUCACCGCAGAUAGCAAAGUCAUUUGACUUUUCAAAUGAGGAGCGCAUUUAUAACUGGUGGGAGUCUCAAGGCUAUUUCAACCCAAAUUUUGAUAGAGGGAAAGAUCCUUUUGUUAUCUCAAUGCCACCUCCAAAUGUCACUGGUUCGUUGCAUAUGGGACAUGCUAUGUUUGUGACUCUUGAGGAUAUUAUGGUCAGAUUCCAUCGCAUGCAGGGAAGGCCUAAUUUUGACCUCACACUCGAUAAACCACCCACCAUACGAUCAACAUUUCGUGACCUCACACUUUAAAAUGCUCUUCAAACCAACAACUAAUUCCGACCU